GUCAUGGUGAACCGGAACUGUUGUCAUGGUGAAGGGGAACUGUUGAGGGACAGUACUUUAUCUGGAUAUUUGUGAGGCGGAGUGGAGGAGGGACAGUCCCGGUGAGCGCAGCGGCAGGACGGACGGACAUUUUCAUCCCGAGUCCAAACAAAUUCAGUAACAUAAAAAAGACGACGAGCAGAAAGAAAGCCUGACGAGAUUUUCUUGUUUGAAGUCAAAGUUCAACAGUCACCAUGGCAGACGAAUCAGACAUGCGCAAUGAGCUGGCCGACCUGCAGACACGCGCAGACCAGAUAGCCGAUGAGUCCUUGGAGAGCACUCGGCGUAUGCUGGCUCUGGUCGAGGAGAGUAAAGAUGCUGGCAUCAGGACUCUGGUCAUGUUGGAUGAGCAGGGAGAACAACUUGAUCGUGUGGAAGAGGGCAUGAACAAGGUGAACGCAGACCUGAAGGAGGCCGAGAAAGAUUUAAAAGAUUUAGGACAAUGCUGUGGUCUGAUAUGCCCAUGUAUUAAAAAGAUUAAGGGCGGGGGCCAGGCCUGGGGAGCGAACCAGGAUGGAGUGGUGAACAGCCAGCCAGGUGCUCGAGUGGUGGACGAACGUGAACAGAUGGCCAUCAGUGGGGGCUUCAUCCGCAGGGUAACAGAUGACGCCAGGGAGAAUGAGAUGGAUGAGAACCUGGAGCAGGUGGGAGGUAUCAUUGGCAAUCUGCGUCACAUGGCCCUGGACAUGGGCCAGGAGAUCGACACCCAGAAUCGCCAGAUCGAUAGGAUCAUGGAGAAGGCUGAUUCCAACAAGACCAGGAUUGACGAGGCCAACCAGCGCGCUACAAAGAUGUUGGGCAGUGGCUAAACUGCAGCGAAAAAGUGCUUUCAUCCCCAUUUAACCCUAAUCACCCAAAAAAUUACAACAUCGACCAAACCCAGCCCCCCAACACCAACGGCCAGCGCCCGCGCCCUAUGCUCGACAGCAGGCGCUGCAACAUCAUGCUUUUAUUGUGAUACUUGUAGAGGUUUGCACACAUGCACAUAUCAUACAUCCAAAUCCUGCCCAUUAUUUCCUUCCUUCCCUUCAUUCCCCUUGUUGUCGAUGUUGUUCUGUGUUGUCGCUCUUUGGAUUUUGUUAAGAAAUAGUAGUCCUGUCACGCAUCGUCCACUCAGACUAUUUCCACACUGUACAUAGUGCUUCUUAAAUGGCUUCAUGGAUCUAGAUUGUUUGUCCUGUUUUCUUCAUCGCUUUUUUUUUUUUUAAGUCUGUGUAUAACAUAAAUUGUGUGUACACCUUGUUUCAAGAUGUGUCGUCCCCCCCCCUCCCAAUGUCAGUAUUCUGGUGUUGUCCAUGUAAGACACACUGCGUAACCAUCAGUUAAGAUGUUGUGAUGCUACAUGAUAAGGCCACAGUGAUUUGCCAUGAAUAUAGUGAACAUACAGCCCUCACGGCUUGUAAACCAAGGCCACUGUUUAAAUACAAAGUUAUUUAAUGUAGAUGUGGAGCUGCUCAGAUCUUAAUAGCGUAUUAGACCAUGAAUACUCUGUUACGUCUCUGUAACUAUUUGAGCCAUUUGAAUGAAAGCAAUCCUGACUGUUAGUGUACUUUACCAAUUCUAUUGAUGGAGCAGCAUUAAUGCAAUUUGAUGCUAUUGAGUGUAUAGUAUAUACAUUUUCCUCAGGGAGCUAAAUCUGACCAUUCAAAAGCAAGGGUUGAAUAUUUAAUUGAUUUAUUAUAAUCCAUAAAAACUUUGUCAUAAGGCUCAGUGUAUAUGCAAAUAUUUGCAUUUGUUUGUGGUCUGAAGAGCAUUAUUGAUGAGACUCUUGUUUAACCAUCAGAAAUAAAUAUUGGGCAUUAACCAUAACAGCUAAUAUUGUGAUUGGUAAUGAAAAGAGGUGGAGCUUUGCUAAUUCCACAUAUCAGGCCAGACUGCUCUUACCCGUAAUUCAAUCCUAGCAAUAUGAAGCUGUGCAUUAAGUGUGAUAUGCAUGUCCAUCCGCUGCUAGAAGACACAGAAUAAUUCAUUUAUCCAGGCAAAAAUAUCCUAACAUGGCAACCGCAUGCUACAUAUGUAGGCCACACAGAUGAGAGGCCCAUAUUUAUCUGCAAUAGUGCCACUCUUUUUGUUUCAUGUCUCUUUACCUUUCCAGACUGUGACCAUCACUGUAAAUUAAUACCUUGGAAAAUGCCAAUAAAACCAUCAUAACUGUAGAACCAAA